AUGGUCGCUAAAUUCGCCAUCGUCCUGUCUCUGGCUGCUGCUGCUUACGCUGGCCUUCUCCCCGCUACCAAACUGUGUUCAAGUGAUAAAGCGCCCGCUUGCCAGUUUUGUGCAUACAUACAUUGCAGGAAAGGGAGAGGAAAGAUGCUAAAUGUGAAAACUUGCUUUGCUGAUAGAAACUCAUCAGCCAUUCCUUCACCAAAGGGAUUUUAA